CAUCUGUUUCAUACAGCGUUUAAUAUUUUGUAUGCUAAUAUAAUAAUAAAAAACUUUUAUUGUAUGAAAAUAAUUAUUUUUUCAAAAUGGAAACAGAUUACGAAAUUACAUUAUGUUGUUCCCCUAAAACCUAUAAACAAAUUAAUGAGGAUGAGGAUUUCCGGGCUCAAGUGACAGAAAAUGCAAAAGCGGAGCACCAAUGUAGCAACAUUGUGUUUGAAGAAAUUACUGAAGAUAAACAAUGUUGGGUAGAUGAAUCAACAACAAUGCUGAUAGCAGCUGUUAAGGAAUUGCAGCCUCUCGUAGGGACAAGCCUAAGUUUUAAAUCAAAGAAGAGGAUGUGGAAUGAAAUAUCAGAACGUUUGUGUGCGGCUGGCUACCAUUUCACUGCGUUGCAAGUGGAAAGUAAGUUUUAUGCCAUUAAACGACAGUACAAAAAAAAAGGUCGAAAUAAGCGAAUGUGUGCUUCUCAGAAAGAGCUUGAGGAUAUAUUAGGAGAAGAUAAAGCCAGCAGCCAAGAUUAUUUUGAUAAAAUUCAGAACAUACUCUCUUCAACUUGUCAAGAGGAAGAGAAUGAAUCAGAACAUACUAAUAGCAGUAUAAAUAAAGAUUUAUGCGAAACUCAAUCUUCGCAAUUGAAUCCACAAAAAUCACAAAAAUCAUCUCGAUCAAAAAAACAAAAGACUGUUAUAGAGCAGCUGCAAGAAAUGCAUGAUGAUCGGAAAAAAUUUGAAGCUGUCUACAUGGAAUUUAUGCUGAAACGUGAGGCAAAUCGAGCUAAGGAAAUUGAACGACGUUCUCUGGACGCGAAGAGGCGUGAUCAUGAAAAAAUUAAGGUAAUGAAAUCACUUGUAGCAGAGAUUUCGACUUUAAACAAAAAUUUAAAAACAAAUAAAAAUAAAUAAAUUUUAACUUUAGAAAGCGUCUAAUUAUAAAACUUGAUUGUAAUACGUUCAAUUAUAAAACAAUUAUAAAAUUAUUAUU